AUGCUGAGACCGCGCCAAGGACGCUGCGACCGUUCCACCGUUGCGCGCGACGCGGCCGAAUGGGUCGAAACGCAGGAGGAGCUUCAGGCGCUACUGGCAGACCCGCUGCUCGCCGACGUGGCGGCUGACGUGUCGCUGGAGGAAGUCGAGACGCUGAUUGCGGCGGAAACGGGCGGCGGGAUGAGGCUGCGAGUUAAGCGAUUAGAUGGCGGCGAGUAUGCGGUGGUGGUGCGGCAGUCAGCAACAGUGGGGGACCUGAAGGCUGCGGUUGAGAGGGAGGCACGGAGAUGGGCGCAGGGGGAGGGCGCGGGGGCAGGGUGGGCUCGGGGGGAGAGAUGGCGAGAGGGGGGUGGCGUGCGGGAGCGAGGGCAGGGAGGGGAGGGAAGGGAGAGGAGGGAAAGAGGGGAGGGAGGGCAGGAUGGUGGAGAGUUGAGGGAGAUGAGAAAGCGCGCGUGGGGAGGGAGGGAGGGCGUUGGGGAGGAGGGGAGAGAGGGGGUGAGGAGUGCGGAAGAUGGUGGUGUGAUGAGAGGUGGUGAGGAGGGAUGGCGAGGGGUGCGCGAGAAGAAGGCGAGGAGGGAGAUGAGGGCGAGGGGGGAGAGGGGGGAGAGGGGGGAGACGGGGGAGAGGGGGGAAAGAGUUUUGGAGGAAGAGGGUGAAAUGGAGGAGGAUAAUGACGAGGAGGAAAAAGAGCGGGAGGGGGAGGAGGAAGAGUGUGGAGGGCAGUCGCGAGAUGGACAUGUGUAUGCAGCGCCGUCACACAGCCGAGGCAUCUCAUGGCGCUACAUCUGGUCGCAUGCAUGCCUGGCAGUGGACGGCCAUCCUCUCCCCUUCCACUCUCCCACCACCCCUCUGCUCGACCUUGGCCUCACCAACGGAGACCAGCUUCUGUCAUUUCUUUCUCUCCCCCGUUUCGCAGCCCCCACUCCCCUGCCUUUCCUUCCCACUUGA